UCCGAAUUUCAGAUGUGGUUAAAGGACGACUCUGCCUCAUUUUCCAGCAUGUUUAAUUUGCUCACAUUUAAGGACAUCAAUAAUUAACCUCCUCAAACAUGGACUAGAUUAUUUCACAUUAAAAGCAGAAUAUUUUAAAAUUGUAAAGCCUGCCUUGUGAUUUGCGAAACCUUGUUUGAGUUGAAUAAAGGAUCAUAAUAGUGCUUUCACAAAGCGUUUUGGCAAUCAUACUCACUGUGUUUUGCACUUCCUCUUUUGUUCAGUGGUUACAAUUUCCACAGUGAAAACCACAACCUCCAUAAAAAGUACGUCUACUCCAAGUAAUGUGACAGUACUUCAAGAAACUCUUCAGAUCCACCUACCAUCUGCAACAGAGCUGAGAGCCAUGCAUCCUGUUUACGCCAACGAGGCGUACCCUGGACAGCCUGGGGGUCCUGGAGGAGUUCAGCACACCGUAGUGAACGUCCCCAUUGAGCCCACAAAGGAUUAUCUGGUCUGGUCGCUGUGCAGCUUCGUCUACGCAAAUUUUUGCUGUCUUGGAUUGGGGGCUCUCAUCUAUUCUGUCAGGGCCAGAGACCGGAAGGCGCUUGGAGAUCAGAAUGGAGCCCAACGUCACGCCUCCUCCGCUCGCAUUUUCAACAUCGUGGCCGUGGUCCUGACUUCUUUAACGCUCUUUAUUUACAUUGUGGUGGUCAUUGCUGUGUCUGCAAGACAUUAAAGCAACUUUCAUAUUGUAUGAGGGCGAUUUGCUCUGGUGCCAAAAUAAAACAGUUAAAGUCUGUUUAUGUCAAAUCUUGUUGUGGAAAAUGUUAUUCUUCCAUCACACCCACUGUUUGUAUGUAUGUAAUUAACAUGCCACUGAAACCAGCUCAUCCCAUGACUAACAACAGCCUUGAGUGAGAAAAAAUCACAUUCUGUAAACACCUAGUGAAUAAAUAUGAGUGUUUAAAGCU